AUGGAUGGAACAGCAUAUACAGCUCCACAGGCUGGCAGUCCUCAGGCCUUCUGGGAUGCCUCAGCAAUGGUCAUCCCUAAGCAGAGGACCAAGAGGAAGAGAGGCCAGAAGACAAAGAAAUUAGCCGAUGCCAACGCAGUUACUACUUCUCACAUUGUCCUCAUGAGGCGAGGCCUAAACUUCCAAGUAAUAGCCAGGAGUUCCCAGCUGGGCUAUAUGCAUGCUCACUGGAGUUUUGUACCCACAGCUGCCCAGGAAAGCAGCCCUUCUACCUCCAGCACAGCCACCACUGACUCUGUCUCAGAGUUGAUCUUCUGCAAGAGGGCACAGAAGAGGAGCAUAUGGGCUGUGGACCAUAUUGAAGGGAUGAAACUCUGGGUAAACAAGAAGAGACCCAGUUACCACCCUGAGGACCAAGAAGCCUUCUAUCGGCUACUGGAAGAUCUUGUGAUCCAGAGAUGACUUGCCGUCUGUCCACUGCUCUAUGACCCUCACUGGCCCUCUGUCUGCACACAGUACAUGCUGUCCAUGGUGGUGGAGUACUUUGGCCGAGUUGGGCUGCCUGGACAUCUCUAUAACAGGAUCCACUUCUUCCUGGCACUCUACAUCACCUGUGACAUGGAAGAGGAUGACUUCACAUCCAAGAGGAACAUUUUCCCAUUCUUGCUCGGAAAGGAGACCUGGAAAAACUUGUACAAGGACUUCCUGAAACUGCAGAAGGCUUUCUUCCAAGCCAUGGGUUACCGAGCCUGGGUCACUCCAGAGUUGUGUGAGGAGAUCCAGAACCAGAACCGACACCACUGGGUGUGGAGCCGGGUACGCCAGGGCACCCCUUAGGUUCCCAGGCCUGGGAACCAUUGGCAGGGUCGUGGAGCAAGGGGUUGCACUGGGACAGGUGAGUGGAGAUCCUGGCUAAGGGCUCUGAAAGAGUGGGCAACCUCAACCGUUGGGUCCCUGAGGAUACAUCCAGGGCUGUGUGGACACAGGAGGAAGCACUUCAGAGAGAUAGCAGAGCUUGUCUCCUAUCUUGGCAUUUCCUCUUGCACAGGAACAUAGUAAAGGCUCUGAGCACUGCUGAGGUAAAGAAAGUGUUGAAAUCACAAUUCUCCAGUUGAAUUCAUCACACAAUCCUAGCCUUGUUGUUGUUUUAAAGAAAACUCUCAGAAAUUCUUGUCCAGGUAACAACUUCCACAGUUUGACCAUAGGUGACAUUUUUAAAUGCACCCAUAUGGAAAACACUGAAGUUAUCCUUUUUGGAUAGGAGACUCUCUUCGUAUAGCUUUUGGAAGGGAAGAAGGCAAGCGCCAACAUUUACUCCUAGGUUGUUUUGUGUUUCGCUCUGACACAAAGCAGGCUACACUGAGCUGGGUCCAGGAAGGACAUGAUCCAGGUCUCAUUUUCCAUGGGCAAAAGGAAGCCUGAGGGGUUUGUGGUCUCUGAUACCGUGACAGCAACAGGAACAUAAGGCAGCAAGUGCACAGAGUACUGGGAGAAGUCACAAUGCAAGUCACACUCACAGAAAACCAUCACCCGUCUAGCAUCGCACUCCAAGAUGUGCUUUCUUUUGUUGGAAUUUCCUUUUGUAAUUGGACUUACUUCAGUUAAGGAAAGAUCUCUAAUGAAAUGCUUAAGCAUCUCUUGCCUGGGCAAGUGGUUGUGCUAAAACAAUCCUGUAAGUCUUCUUCCAUGCUGAAGUGUGUGAUGAGCCUUGUCUGUUCUGGGGAAAAGGAGAGUUGGGGAAGAUGAAUUCAGAACUAUGUCUUAUAGGAUUGGCUCAGUUUGAAAGAAGGUAUAAUUCAACUGCAGGCUUUUUGCUGGAUACACACACACACACACACACAC